CCCAAAUUCUCUUUAAAGUCACCUUAUAUUAGAGACUGUAUGCUAAUAUAUAUAUUUCAGUUUACCCACAUCUAUAUCUUUCUAAUAUUAAUGAGACAAUGUUGUAUUUGGGCAGGCUGAUACUUAGCUUUUUAAUAUUGAUUCUAGCAGUGCAACUUUGCAAUAGCCUUCUGUUUGUCUUCGCUUCCUGAUCACAUUAUCACUUCUCACUGUUUACUGUGCCUGCGCCAGAUAGUGUCAGCACUGUGUGUGAAUUUAUCAUAUAUAACAGAUGUGUAUGCCACAAAUGCAUGCAGCCAAUUGAAAGGAUGGAUUGCAAACGUUUUUUUAAACCAUGCAGUUGAAGCCGUGGUCAUUUAACUGUUACUGAAAAUAUUUGGCAAAAUACAUAUAUGUGCCAUAUUUGAAAUAAAUUGUAACGUAAAUGUGCUUCUGUGGCUAUUUUUUACUUAAAAUUGGAUCCAACUUAGAACUUGUAUGUGAUGAUGUUUCAAAAACAACCAAAUCACAUUCUCCCUUUGUGAUCUCUAUAUACUUGUCUAGAGAACUAGAGUCAGACUACUUGUGCACUAGUAGUAAACCUUGAUUAGAAAGAAAAACAGCAAAAGAAAAUGUGAUGGUGCUCUGAAAAACCUGAAAUAAAAUCAGAUCUGCAUGACUUGUACAGCAACAGCGUACAAACGGCUAAUGCUGUAUAGUGAUAAAUACCAACACUCCUAUCUGUUUCUGUGUGUGUUUUGGUAAUGUCAGCUGUCAACUGUACCGGAAGUUAGAUUUGCUCCUUCAAAAUAAAACCACAUAUUAGAGUGAUAAUAUAAGACAAACACGGCUACUUAAUUAGUAAAAUGACUCGAUCAUCGGGGUCUUUGAUGUGUAAGUUACACGUCAAACCAAUAAUUAAACGUCAUAUAGUAGCUGGUGUCACAUUAAUGUUAUGUUAGUCGGCAAUAUUUGAGCUACGCACUCAAGUAAAACAUGCUACCUUACUAAAGCUAACCGGACAUAUUUUGCUUAGCGUUAGCUUCACGCUGGUUAGCUUGACGGUGGCUAUCCCGGCGAUAAGGAAGUUAAUCUUCACGUUUUUUGGACGAAAUCCCAACUUCUCUGUCCUGUGACUCCUGAGCCCUGCCACGCAGCUGGAGGGGUUACGGCAGAGCUCAGAGGAGACUACAAAGCAGCUGCUGACUGUGAGUGUGGAGGAUGUCUUCUCCAUCAUCAUCAUCAUUAUUCUUCAACCAAGACAGUGUCACUCGCUUCAAGAAGAGAAAAGCCCGGUUCUCAUUCAGCGAAGUCCACAUACUGUUGGAUGAAGUGAGGAAGCAUCGAAUGGUUGUUGUGGGCAAAUUCAAUCGUGGUGUACCAACAGAUGUGAAGAAGCACACAUGGGCAGAGAUUACUGCACGUGUCAAUGAGAUCGGAGAGUGUCAACGUGAAGUCAUUGAGGUCAUCAAGAAAUGGUCGGACCUCAAGUGCGACACCAAGCGCAAAGUGGCUGCCAUGCGGUCAGGGACAGUGCCCAAUAGGGGCCUCAACUCACGUCUUUCCCGAGACCUUAACCAGACAGAGAAAAUAGUGCUUCAGAUCCUGGAGAUGGGCAAUGACCACCAGAACAUGAGUGACUUCGGCCCUCUGGGAGAUGAUGACGAUGUGCCCGAUGACGAGGAAGAAAUGGAAGAGGAGGAUAUGAUGGGAAUGCAGAAUUCUCCUAACGGCGGGUUGGACAUGUCAUCUAUGCCUCCACCAACCUCUUACUCCAUUGGUGGACUUGCAGGAGACUCAUCACAACCUUCCUUCGAUGUGCAGUAUGAGGUACCUGCCACGGAAGAUGCUGAUGCUGCAUUUGCAGACUCAGACGAUGACCUACGGGAUGACGCACUUCCGUCCACUCAGGCAUCAAAACUAACAGAGGACCAUUUAGGAAACAACGGCAUCCAGAAACAAGGACGACCUCAGACGCCCUCCGGACCUUCAACCUCAACAGCCACGCCUUCGCUGCCAGGUCAGCCCUCACAGAACAUGAGGGACAGCAUCCUGCAUAGUGCAUCGCUGAGCCUUCAGGAGCAGCACGCCACCAACAUCCUGCUGGAGACGGUUUCCCGCUCCCUGGAACUCCUGUCUGAGUCGGUGCAGCAGCUGGCGGAGACUCAGCAGGAGUUUGUGCGGGAGUCGCUGCAGCUCCAGAGGGAGACGGUGCAGGUUCUCAGAGACUUCACGGGUGGAGCCAUUGCGCUAAUGCAUGACAAACUGAACGGACGGCCAGCAUUAUAGCAAUAAAGCAUCACAGUUGUAAAGUUGUAUCACUGACUUCAUACAUGGCCUUCAGGCACAGGAUUUUUUUUAAGUUCCUCUGGACUCCAUUGCUGGUUACUGUAGUUUUUGAUAAUCCUCAACAGAUUCUCCCCGGCUAUAUUUUAAAACGGAAUUCAUCGAAAUGUAUCGAUGGCAUCUCCGUGGUUUCAUGAAAAGGAUAUAGUGUUCGUUAUAAAGAAAGAUCGUAUGGAGGAUUUUUUUUUUUGCUACUGAAAGUGAGACUCCUUCCACUUGCAUUGUAAAACAUUUUUUAUUAAGCCUACACCACUUUUAAAGCCUUUACAUUGUUUUAAUUUUGAGAUUCAAAGGAUGAAUCUAAUUUUAAAAAGUCAGUUAAAUCCACAUGUGUUUCCUUGUAUAAGUUGUAGCUUUCUCUUGCAUCAGUGUCUGGAGAUAAUCACAUGUACUGUAAUGGUAAGUGGAUUUCUACACCUGACCAUUAUAUGGUCCAUUUCUCAAAAGGCUAAAUAAGGUGUGUUAAACAGUUGGAAAAUACCUGUAAGUGAAUACUUUAUGUCUGUCUGAUUUAGGUUUUUCUUACAUUACGAACAUGAACACUUGAAUAUGAAAGUUUCAAUAAUUCUUUUAAGUCAUGGAAUAAACUACUCAUUCAUUUAAACAGACCAGAAUUCCGACAUAAUUCAGAUAUAACCUCAUCGAUACAAAUGCCCUUGAAUGGUUGACCAUAAAAAUGUCAAGCUCAAUUGAAGAUUGUACAUUGGAAAUGAAAAAAAAUAUGGAUUGCUUCACAGACUGGUUGUUUAAAUAAACCCAUGAGAGGAACCUUAAUAAAGUUUAAAAAAAAAUACAGCUGUACCUCAAAGGAAAAA